AUGAACAAAAUAGAACAAAAAAGAACAAAAAAAGAGAAAAAACGGAAAAGGAAUGGAGAAGCUGCUGCCGUUUCGGCUCCCGCGGCAGCGAGCGCGGGGCGCGAAAAAGUGGAAAAAAGUUCGCAUUUCGGGAAAAAACUUCGGAAAAAGUGGAUUUUUUUUGAGAAAAAGAUCAAAAAAGAAGAACUGCAGAAGUGUGGGUCAGCAGAAGUGCAAAAGUUCGAAAAAAGGGGAAAAAAAAGUGCAGAUUUGCCUGAAGAGGUUGGUGGAGCGGUCGCGGCUGGUGCAGGCAGCAAGCUGAUCCGCAAAGUCCUUGAACUUGAAACCCAAAGCUUCUUUCUUUCCCCGAUUAACAGCAUUUCCGAGCCGCAGCACAGCCUGCAGCAAAGCCCGGAAGCUGCUGCUCACCACCACUGCAGCAAGAGCAGCAACAGCCCCGAAGUACACGCCCAGCGCAGCAGCCUUCGCCGCCAGCUCCUCCUCCACGCACAAACGGCUGCGCACACAGCAGCAGCAGCAGCAGCAGCAGCUGACGCAGCAAACGCAGCAGCAGCAAACGCAGCAGCAGCAGCAAACGCAGCAGCAGCAGCAACGCAGCAGCAGCAAUGGCAGGAAAGGAAGCAGCAGCAGCGAAGGCAGCAGCAGCAGCAAAGGCAACAGCAGCAGCAAAGGCAGCAGCAGGCUGCUGCUGCAGAAGCCAAGAAGAAAAGACAAAAGGAAACAAGGGAGCAGAUAAUAGAAAAUAAAACAGCAGAUUAA